AUGGCCCACGAAGAUGCGGUUUAUCUCGCCAAGCUCGCCGAGCAGGCUGAGCGCUACGAGGAGAUGGUCGAGAACAUGAAGAUCGUCGCCUCCGAGGACCGUGAUCUCACCGUCGAGGAGCGCAACCUCCUCUCCGUCGCCUACAAGAACGUCAUCGGUGCCCGCCGUGCCUCGUGGAGAAUCGUCACCUCCAUUGAGCAGAAGGAGGAGUCUAAGGGCAACUCGUCCCAGGUCGGCCUCAUCAAGGAGUACCGCCAGAAGAUCGAGGCCGAGCUCGCACGCAUCUGCGACGACAUCCUCGAGGUCCUCGACCAGCACCUGAUCCCCUCUGCUAAGUCCGGCGAGUCCAAGGUGUUCUACCACAAGAUGAAGGGCGACUACCACCGCUACCUCGCAGAGUUCGCCAUCGGCGACCGCCGCAAGGAGUCGGCCGACAAGUCGCUCGAGGCCUACAAGGCCGCCACCGAGGUUGCCCAGACCGAGCUUCCUCCUACCCACCCCAUCCGCCUGGGUCUCGCCCUCAACUUCUCCGUCUUCUACUACGAGAUCCUCAACGCACCCGACCAGGCUUGCCACCUCGCCAAGCAGGCCUUUGACGAUGCGAUUGCCGAGCUCGACACCCUCAGCGAGGAGAGCUACAAGGACUCGACCCUCAUCAUGCAGCUCCUCCGUGACAACCUGACCCUCUGGACCUCCUCCGAGGCCGAGCAGCCCGCCGAGUCGGCUGCCCCCGCUGCCCAAGAGCCGGAGAAGGCUGCCGAGGCCCCCGCCGAGGAGCCCAAGGCUGCCGAGUAA